CGGAUUAAAUUCCUCCAAUAUUUCCCAACUUUUGGAAAGCAGGCUUACAGCUUUAGCCCCAUCUCCUAAUGAUCCUUUAAAUUCCGAAAAUCCUUUCCAGAAGUCUGGAUUCAAUAGAUAAAGGAUAUCAAGCUGUUGAUGUUUAUACAGCUUGAAGACAUUGUUCAGUGAGCUGUUUCCUCCAGCGGGUCCACUCCUGAAAGCUGGGCACUCUCUACAGAGGCUGCUGUGUUGCUCAGAACCUGAAGUUGAAGCUGACUGAGAUGAAGCGUACCUUGUUGCUGCUGACUCCGUUGUUAAUCCUGCCUGCUGUACCAGCUUACAGCUCUAUGGAUUAUGACGAGUAUGAUGAUUACUCCAAUAAUGACCCACCAGCUUCCCCAGUGAAGGGUUCAAUCCCGAGCACAGCUGAAAUCAUGAGGACGUUUGCCGCUGAGCGUAGAACUCUGAAUGGUUCCAAUUACACGGUGUGGGUGGUGCGUGAAAGAGCCUCACAGUUACUUACUGGACCCCUCACCACUGCCACCAUCCCAGUUCUCUACACUCUGGUCUUUGUCAUCGGCCUCCCAUCAAAUGGCCUGGGGCUUUGGGUCUUGGCAACCAGAGUCCGCAAAUUACCGUCCACCAUCUUCCUGAUGAACCUGGCUGUAGCUGACCUACUCCUGUGCCUCGUGCUGCCGUUCAAAAUUCACUAUCACUUCCUGGGCAACCACUGGCUCUUUGGUGAGGCUCUGUGUCGGACAAUGACCGCCUUCUUCUACGGGAACAUGUACUGCUCCAUCCUGCUGCUCACCUUCAUCAGUGUGGACAGAUACUUCGCUCUGGUCCACCCGUUUCUCUCCAAGCGAUUCCGGGACAAUGGCUUCGCUGUCAGGAGCUGUUGUGUGAUUUGGCUGCUUGUUGUCGUUGCCAUGUUACCGUUUCUCCUCCGCAGACAGACCUAUCCAAUCCAGAACCUCAACAUCACCACCUGCCAUGAUGCUUUACCCCUGGAAAGUCUAAAUGACUAUUUCUUCUAUUAUUUUGUGUGUCUGGUUGGCUUGGGCUUUGUUGUUCCUUGCUGUGUGACAGUGUUUUGCUAUGGCUCUGUCAUCUGGACCCUGAUCCAGACAGAGAGACGCUAUGUCCAUGCUGCAGUGCUCACAGGGCUGAUCCUGUUGGUGUUUGUGGUCUGCUUUGCCCCUAGUAAUUGCAUUUUGCUCAUUCACCACUCAGAGUACCUGCAGCACCAAAGCAGUAAGCUGUAUAUUUAUUACAUGGUGGGUCUGGUCCUCAGUAGCUGCAGCAGCUCCAUCAACCCCUUCAUUUAUUAUUAUGUUUCCGAUGAGUUUCGAGCCAAAGUGAAACGUGUCAUUUACUGUCGGAAAGUCAAAGACAGGACCUUCUCAGGUAAAACGUCUCAGGAGCUUCUGUCUACGAGCACCUACUCACCAUCCACACAGACCACAAGCUCCACAAGGGACAGUUCCAAAAACUGAACAAACCCAAACUCUGCCCACAGUACCUCGCAGGCCCAGACACAUCACCAGAUGGAAAAUAAUCCCAAUCAGUCAAUCCAAACAGAUUCUGAAUCCCCCAAUGUCAUCAUUUUGGAAUUUAGAAAAUAGAAGUGUUUGGUGUGGGGGGUGGGUGAAGGGGAUCAGGUUAGAUUCCAAGCCCCUGAAGCAGUCCAGCUGAGCUGCUGUCAGCUUCCUCUCCAUGGGAUCAGCCUGUCCCCGGUUAGUCAAUGUUCUUUCAGUCUGACUCGUACAGGGAUACACCACCUGCAGCAGCUGCAGCAUGAGCCUGUACCUCCUAAUCCAGACAUAGGGACACUACCGCUGUGCCAUAAAGUAUCUGUCCAGAUUUGAACUGGGAUCAAAGGGCUCCCCCUUCCCCCCAACCUCUGUCCCACCCCCCUCUCCCCACUCAUCCUCCCUUCCAUCUCCCACUGUCCCCCCUCCC